UUCCUGGGCGGGCUGGAGGUAUAAGAUGAACAGCUAAAGCAAAGAGGGCAGGUAGAGGGGAGAGAAGAACUGAGAAGGAAAGGAGAGAUAGAGAAAGGACAGAAUGGGGAAAGGAGGAGAGAAGGGAGAAGAAGACGGGGGGUGUGAGAAAAUAUUAGCUCUUUACACUUGGGAAGAGAUUCAGAAGCACAAUAGCAAAACGGACAAGUGGCUUGUGAUUGAUAGGAAAGUGUAUAACGUGACUAACUGGGCCCUAAAGCACCCCGGAGGGAUACGGGUUAUCAGUCACUUUGCCGGAGAGGAUGCCACGGAUGCAUUCCAGGCUUUCCACCCAGACCUUAUCUUUGUCCGUAAAUUUUUGAAGCCUCUUCUGAUUGGCGAGUUAGCUCCAGGGGAGCCCAGCCAAGACCGACAGAAAAAGACUGAGUUGGUUGAAGAUUUUCGGGCCUUGCGGAAGACAGCAGAGGACAUGAAACUAUUUAAAACGGACAUGGUGUUUUUCUCCCUCUACCUUGGCCACCUCUUUGUCUUAGAGUUCCUGGCCUGGUUGACACUGUCAUAUUUUGGGACUGGUUGGAUUCCAACUCUCCUUACUGCCUUAAUCCUGGCAACCUCACAGGCUCAGUCAGGCUGGCUUCAACAUGAUUUUGGACAUUUGUCUGUCUUUCGGAGUUCAAAAUGGAACCACCUGUUACACAAGUUCCUGAUAGGUCACAUGAAGGGGGCUUCUGGAAACUGGUGGAAUCAUCGACACUUCCAGCACCAUGCAAAGCCCAACAUCUUUAAUAAAGACCCUGAUGUGAACAUGCUGAAAGUGUUUGUAUUGGGAGAUAUCCAACCCGUGGAGUUUGGAAAACAGAAGAUCAAGCAUUUGCCUUACAACUAUCAACACGAGUACUUUUUCCUCAUUGGUCCACCUCUGCUAAUCCCGGUGUAUUUCUACAUUCAGAUAAUGAUGACCAUGAUUACCCGUCGAGAUUGGGUGGAUCUUGCCUGGGCAGCAACAUACUACAUCCGCUACUUCAACACCUACAUCCCUUUUUAUGGAUUUUUUGGUUCUAUACUCUUUGUCAUGUUUGUCAGAUUCAUAGAGAGCCACUGGUUUGUAUGGGUGACCCAGAUGAACCAUAUUCCAAUGAACAUUGAUGAUGAAAAGCACAAGGACUGGCUCACUAUGCAGUUGGACUCCACAUGUAAUGUUGAACAAUCUUCCUUUAAUGACUGGUUCAGUGGCCAUCUCAACUUCCAGAUCGAGCACCAUCUUUUCCCGACAAUGCCCCGUCACAAUUACUACAAGAUUGCGCCUUUAGUGAAAUCACUGUGUGACAAGCAUGGUUUGAACUACCAGGUGAAGCCUUUGUUGCAGGCCUUCAAGGAUAUUAUAGGGUCCUUGAAGAAGUCUGGUGAUCUGUGGUUAGAUGCGUACCUCCACAAAUGAGGCUACUCCGUCAAUCCUCACUUCUUUCUUCCUGUCCCUGUCUGAAUUCCAGUACUGCAUUGGAGUUCCUGUUUCUCUCGGAGUCUGUGUGCAUCUCAAGUGAUUUCCACAGUAUUAACAGGAAGCUGCCGCUGGCUUUCCGCAUGACCUGACGAAUGAUCUGAUCCUCAGCUGAUGGCUGGUGAAGAACACCUUGAAUUGAAUUGUUCUCUGACUUAGCUCCCCCCCCG